AUGGAAACAAAUUUAUCAACGGAACUUUCACCACUUAAUCAAAAUUGGACUUCGACACAAAGAUUUGAUGUCACGGCUUUAUGUGUUCGUACAGUCACGAAUCGUAUAUGGACAAAUGAUGCUGCGGAAUUAGAAUGGAAAAAGAAAUUUAUUGCUAGUAUUUUUAUGCAUUUUGCAGUUGAUGACUUAAAAGAGCAAGACGUUCUUCUUUCGAUGCCUGGGGAAAACAAUGAUACUUUGUCUUUCAUUAAUUUAAUAAAAUCUAAUUUCGUAAAAUCUGAAGAUGAUAAUGAACAAAAGAAAGAUAUUCGACAAGAAAUUAUUUAUGAUUUAUUAUUAGUUUGUCUUGGUUUAGUACAAAAUAAUAUAGGAAAUAGUAUUGAUAGUAAUAAUAAACGACUCAAUUUAAAAGAAAGAUUAAAUAAAGUGGUAUCAGAUGUAAAAAGUAAAGAAAUUACGGAUACCUUAUUAACGUCUACCAAUAUUUCAACAUCACAAGUAAUGAAAUUAGGAGAAUAUGAUUCAAGAGCGAGAGCAAUUUUAUUUGAAAUUGCCAAAUCUAUAGAUGUUCCUGUAAAUGUAAUCACAGGAUUAGAAAAAGUUAUAGCACAACAUAUAUAUUUUUUUCAACAUCAAGGACAAGGACAACAUGAAUCUACAAAUAACAAUAAUGAUAUUAAUGAAAUUGAUUCCAAUAUAAAAGAAUUACAUAAUAGUGCUAAUGCUAGUUUAACUGUUCAUGAAAAAGAAAAGAAAAAAUGGCAUUGGAUGGCAACUGGUGUUGGUGUGGUGGUUGGUGCAACUGCUAUUGGUUUAACUGGUGGUUUGGCCGCACCACUUGUUGCAGCUGGUAUAGGAGCAAUAACUGGAGUAGGGAUAGUUACAACAGCUGCUUCUAGUGUAGUAUUAAUGACUUCGUUAUUUGGUAUAGCUGGAGGUGGAUUAGCAGAUGCACAAGAGAACUCAAGUGACGAUGGCGUGGUCAAACCUUGGCUUCCAACAUUUAAAAAUUCAUCAGGUUAUAGUGACACAUUUGCAUUGUCAUUUGAUACCGAAAUCAUUCGAUCACUUGGACGAGCUUUUCAUAGAUUUUUAGCAGAACAAGCAGUUAAAGUAGCCGCUUCUCAAGCAAUAAAACAAACAGUAUUUGCAACUUUGGCGAGCGCACUUCUGGUUCCAGCGGCAUUAAUGAAAGCAGGAGAUUUGAUUGAUAAUCCCUGGGCAUUAGGUGUUGAUCGUGCACAUAAAGCAGGUUUGGUCUUAGCCGAUGUAUUGAUUGAGGGUGUUCAAGGAAAGAGACCUGCUGUUUUAAUAGGAUUUUCGCUUGGUGCUUUGGUAAUUUGGUCAUGCUUAAAGGAAUUAUCAAAAAGAGAAAAAUAUGGAUUGAUUGAUAGUGCACCAGUUGAUUCUACAUCUCCUAAAUGGGAAAAGGUGACUAGCGUAGUUUCUCGAAGGUUUGUGAAUGGAUACGCUACCAAUGAUAUCGUACUUGGAUUAAUAUACCGAAUGCAUUCAUUAGGUCUUAAUGUCGCAGGACUUGGAGCUGUUAAUUGUGAUAGAGUGGAAAAUUAUGAUCUUACUAAAUUUACUGAUGGACAUCUGGGAUAUAGUAAUCCUAAAGUAAUGGAAGCUAUACUUCAAGAAAUUGGAUUAAAUUAA